AUGAAUCGUCUUAUUGACCAGCUCAAAUCAGAUAUCGCCAACGGGAUCGAUGUUCCUUGCUCCUUGGAAUCCUUCCUGUUCGCUCUCUGCACUAGUUUCAAGGGUAGUAUGUAUAUGCUGACCAUGAAAUCGGUGGAAUUAAUGUCCCUCAGCAUCACUCUUCUAUCGGCUGGACUCGGCACAAUUCAUGCUAAUUUGACACAGGGCGUCGCAGUCCUCGCAUCUAAGCAAGGGCAGGAGAUUCAAGAGGACAUGAGGGGCGAGAUUCUGGCCCAUUACUCCUCGUUUGAAGAAGCCUGGGAGAAGGUAGUCGCCAAAGAAGCCGUCCCCGGUCUACAGAGUCUUUUACAGGAGAUCCUUCGCUACUUCAGCGUCGUCCCCAUGGGCUUUCCCCGAACCAACAUCACGCCGGUGAUCUUGGACAACGGAAUUUCCAUCCCGGAAAACACUUGGUUCUAUAUGAACUCCAAAUCGGCAAACUUCGAUCCACUUGCCUUCCCUGAGCCUGACAACUUCAUUCCGCCACGAUUUGUGGACAAAGAGGAAAGGGAGCCCCAGACCUGCCGUGCCAGCGGCCCCGCCGAUGAGACAUUUUGGCUACGGGGUGGGGACUCGAGCGUGUGUGGGUUACCAUCUUGCCAAUCGCCUCAUGUACGGCAUUCUCGGUCGCCUCAUUCUGGGUUGGAAGAUUCACGCCCCGGGCCCCGUUGA